AUGCUGGUCCGGUCUGCUGGACGGAGACAGCAGCGGCGGACAGCACAACUUCUUGCUGCGUCCUUUGCUCAGCUUAACCUCCCAUGGCUGGCGCCCGCCCAGUUGAGAUGGAGCGCCACUCACUCGCCCGCGUCCUCACAGCCAUCUCGGCCUCGACGGAGAAGUUCAUCCCGCGAUCGAACAACCACGACACAGAGCCGACGCUUGGCCACUACAACAGAUCAGCAACCUUCACGAUCCUUACCUCAGUACCCUCCCCCCGGAUACGCAGACCCCUUUCGCAACCCAUCGCAUGACAACCAUGUCCCGUGGGAUGCCAACGAGUGGUCAAAGAGGCGACUGUCUAGCAUACGGCCUUACGCGGCUCCGAUAGUCCUCAACACCAACCUCGACUACCCCGACGAGACAGUCAAGAUACUUCAUGGCGUUCAAGGCACUGCCCACGACUUGUUGCAACAUCUCCACACUUCAUUGCGGGUCAGGCGGUUCAGUAGGGCAGAGGACAUCAUACGCCGCCUCAAUGGCAUAUUCCGCCCCUAUUCCGCAGAGCUCGUGCAUGCGCAUACUGCGUAUCUGGAGGCCUGGUUUGGAGAGCUGUCGCUGCAUGGGCGUAGCGAGGAAGCCGAUAGAGUCCUUGAUAGGAUGCAGAAAUGGUUUGAGGUGGAAAUCCAACAGAAAGGGGUGCGACUUGAUGCCAGGUUGUUGGUGGCCAUGAUUCGUGCUUCUAUCAAAGCUUUGACAGGCUCUAAACGGGACCGGACAAUCAGGCGUUACUUGGACUUGGCACAACAGCAGGGCACCGAGGUUUAUGACGAAGUUAUCGACUCUCCGGAAUACGAUGACCACGAGUUCACGUUGCUGGGCCGCGUCAGUUACGAGCACCUUCAGCCGCAGGAGCCUGACAUGAAGGAAGCUCAACCACAACAGGACGAACCUGCACCUCUCCAACGGAGUGAUGCUGUGCCUAUGGAGGGCGUACCUGCCGUACUUCCUACCGCCUUGCGAGGUGACGGCCUCGCUGGGGUCAAGAGGGCUUUACAAGAUUUUUCUGAAAUACCUCCUCUGCCGGCCGAUGCAACAGUAGAGCAAAGGCGCGAGCACGCUUUCGCGCGACAGCAGGCCAUGGAAGAAUCAUCCGUACAGAUAGCCAUGGACAGGUGGCGCAAGGCAGACGACGAAUUGCGGAAGAUUGGAAUAAACACUUCGAUGCAGAGCAAGCCGAUCAAUGCUCUGAUGUGGCAAUGGUACCAGGCUCUUUUGCCAGCCUUGGAGCAAGAGCUAGAGGAAUGCAAGAAGCUCCUCAGCAAUCCUGGUAGGACAGAUCACGAGCGGUAUCACUACGGCCCAUAUCUCGAGCUUCUGCCGCUGGACAAGAUCGCCGCGAACACAAUCUUGUACACCAUGACCAAGCUUGCAGGGAGAGAUCGAAAGAACGACCAAUAUACUUGUGAGGUGACACUUACCGUACUGACAAUGGGUCUUGCGAAAGCAAUCGAGCAGGAGUGCAGUGUCAACUCAGCCAAACAGAAGUCGUUAAAGCGAAAGGGCAACAAGAACUACCAUAUGCAGAAGAAAGGAAACAAGACGAAAUCCAAAGCUCACCAGGAGCAGGACGACUUGCUGGCCAGUCUCAGUUGGCCAAUCGAAGCCAAGGCGAAGUUCGGGUCUAUGCUGGCUACGAAGUUGAUGGAAACUGCACAGCUCCCGGUCACUCGGCUGCAUCCUCGAACAGGUGAAAACAUGACCCAAGCACAGCCUGCGUUUCUGCAUCGCUUCAAGUGGGAAAAAGGGAAGAAAAUUGGCAUGCUCAGCCCAAAUCCUGCCCUGACGGAGAAACUCGAGAGCGAGCCUGUCGGCAGCCUCAUCGCCAAGCGCAUGCCUAUGGUCGUCGAGCCUAAGCCCUGGACCGGGUGGGACAAAGGAGGCUACUUGCACUACGCCACAGACAUUUUGCGUGUGCAAAAGGGUGACCGCAAUGGAAAAGACUAUUUUUUGGCUGCGCACAAGAGAGGCGAGACGACACAGAUCUACGCCGGGCUUACAGCGCUCGGACAGGUCCCGUGGAACAUCAACCACAACGUGUUCAAAGUACUGCUCGAAGCCUGGAACUCUGGCGAAGCGAUUGCGAACCUGGCGCCUUUGCAUCCUCAGCUUGACUAUCCUCCAGAACCUGAGGCGUCCGCGGACCCAGCACCAAGGCGAAGGUGGCUUGAAGAGGUGCGCGAGGUGGAGAAUAAGAGGAUUGGCCUCCACUCGGAACGGUGCUUCCAAAACUUCCAGAUGGAGGUCGCGCGCGCAAUGCUGAACGAGACCAUGUACUUUCCGCACAACAUGGACUUCCGUGGCCGCGCUUAUCCGAUCCCACCGUAUCUCAACCAUAUGGGCGCCGACAACGUGCGAGGGCUGUUGACGUUCGGUGAAGGCAAAAGGCUCGGCGCAACCGGCCUCAGAUGGCUGAAGAUUCACCUCGCUACGGUCGCCGGACACGACAAGGCCAGUCUUUCAGAACGGAUAGAGUUCACCAUGAAUCACUUGGACGACAUCUACGACUCAGCGCGCAACCCGCUAGGCGGCCGAAGAUGGUGGCUGCAGGCGGAGGACGCUUGGCAGACGCUGGCCGCUUGCUUCGAACUCACCGCCGCCCUGGACUCGCCAGAUCCAGAAGGUUUCAUCUCUCAUCUUCCCGUGCAGCAAGACGGUACUUGCAAUGGACUUCAGCAUUACGCAGCUCUCGGUGGUGACAAGAUUGGCGCAGCACAAGUCAACCUCGAGCCGGGUGACCGACCUGCGGAUGUCUAUACUGCUGUGGCAGAGGCUGUCAAGGCAGAUGUCCACCAGGAUGCUCUCGAUGGGAAUGCGAUCGCGAAGAAGCUGGACGGCAACAUUACCAGGAAGUGCGUGAAGCAGCCCGUGAUGACCAACGUCUACGGUGUCACCUGGUACGGAGCCAAAGAGCAAGUGCGCAAGCAACUCGAGGUCAUAUUCCCGGAUGUCCGGAAGUUCGAUGAGGUGAACUAUGGCAACAUGUCGACCUACAUCGCGACCAAAAUCUUCAAGUCGCUGGGUACCAUGUUCGGUGGCGCGCAAGCCAUUCAGCACUGGCUCGGCCAGUGCGCGGACCGCAUCUCGACAUCUUUGACCCCGAAGCAAGUGCAGGAGCUGUCAGCUAAUUCCAUGCAGCCGAUCCAAAAGAAAAAACCCAGGCCAGGCCCCAAGAAGGUCGAGGUUGUCAAGGACAGGCCACAUGGAACUGGUUCUACCGAAGGUGACCGGAAUCAGCAACGCGCCGCAAAGCCCAUGUUCAAGUCAACCGUUGUGUGGACUUCGCCACUCCGCUUACCAGUGGUCCAGCCGUAUCGAGCGGACACAAAGCUGGUGGUGAGGACGAAUCUGCAGGGCUUGACGUUGCAGGAACCGCGGACGUGGCACCCUGUCAGCAAGCGGAAGCAACUGCAGGCCUUUCCGCCGAACUUCAUUCAUUCCUUGGAUGCGACGCACAUGCUGCUGAGCGCGCUGAGGUGCAAGGAGAACGGCAUGACCUUUGCCAGUGUGCACGAUUCCUUCUGGACUCACGCCUGCGAUGUCGACCGCUUGGGUGUGGCUUUGCGCGACUCCUUUGUGGAGAUGCACAGCGAAAACAUCAUCGGCCGACUGAAGGAGGAAUUUGAGACGAGAUAUGACGGCUACAUGUACCUCGCGACAGUACUAGCCAACAGCAAAGCCGGCAAGAAAAUCUCCCAGCUUCGGAAGGACAAGAAGCUGAAGUCGUCCGAAGAGCUGGCGUUGGAGGCCGAGCACACCAAGCUGCUCAACAGCGACGACCCGGCCGAACGCAGCAAAGGCGAAGCCAUGCGAACUCCCGGCAGCAUUCUCGCCAACGAAGGCGACGACAAAGCCUUCGCCGUCCCGUCGGAAAUCGAGGACCAUCAACUAGGCAAUAUCCCCGAGAACCUCGACAUGCGACCGGAUUCCGAGGCGACAGGCCUCACCGCCGAAGCAGACGAGGGUGUCGUCGGCGGCAGCGCUUUGGCCACGGAUACCGACGCGAUCGAUGCCGAGAAGGAGACCGCUGGGCGAAAGGGCAAAGCAGCGGCCACGGUGGGCAAGUCGGGAAAGCCGCACAAGCAGUAUCCAAGGAAGCUUUUUGUGUGGAUGCCGUUGACGUUCCCGGACGUGCCGCCGAAGGGGGAGUUUGACGUGAGGAAGAUUCGGGAGACGAGCAUGGAGGUGGUGUUUGGGGAUUUGGAGGGGGUGCAUAGCGUGGUGGGAUUGUACUAA